AUGGGAUAAUCUUCAUCAUAGUAGCAAUAAUAAUAAUCAUAGUCAUUAGAACAGUCAGAAGCUCAAUACUUUUGGGCUAAAAAAUAGGAAUAAGCUUAGAAAAAAAUAGAGUCUGAAAGAAUUGAAGAUGAAAUAAUUAAUGAAAAAGAAGCAUUCUCUAAAUAAUAAGCUUAAUAGUAAUAACAACAAUACUAGGAAGUAAACUAAAUAGAUGAUAAAGAAGAAUUAGUGAAGAUUGAUUAAAAUAGUUAUUAAUAAUUGAUAAAAUAAGAAAUAAUAUAAUAAUAGGUUGUGGAUGAAUAAAUUGAAUAAUAUUUUGAAAAUUAGGUGAAAGAGCCUUAAAAUGAAAUAAUUUAGUUUACUCCAGAAGAAGUAGAACAUAUUUGGUUUUCAAAGAUAUUUAAAAUUGAUACAUAUAAUUAGUUUAUGAAUGAGAAAAAAGUUGAGUUUGUUCCAAGAGAUAAAGUUAUAACUAUAUAAUAUCUUAUUGAUGAAUUAUGCUAUUAAUUUUUGACAUGUACAUAAUUUAAUGAGGAAGAGAAGUUUGAUUAUAUAAUAGAAGUUUUAACAAAUAUUACAGAUGUUUAAAUUUAAGAUUAAGUUAUUCUAUUUUGUGAAGGAACAAUAGAGAAAAGUAAAUAUUAUGAUAUACUGAAUUAUGUGUAAGGAUAAUUAAUAACUUGUAUUCUCUAUCCAGAAGGAUUGGAAUGGGAAAAGUUUGAUGAGGAUAUAAAUAAAUAUGAUGAUAAAAAAAAUAAAAGAGCAACUAUUUUUUAUAAUCGUAUAUUUACAUCAAAUCAAUUAUUAUUUUGUUAAUAAGUUGUAAUUAAUUUAUUAGAAUAUUUAAAUACAAAAGUUAGUGCUGAUGAUGUUCAAAAGUUUAUGGAUUUGAUGUUUAAAAGAGAAUUAGAAAUUAAUGCUGAUUGGAAUCUUGAUUCAUUAGAUUAACCAUAAUAGACUUUAAAAUUAUUAUAAAUAAUAGCAGAUUAUCCAAAUAUUAUGGAAAACAUUUUAAUGAAUAGUUGGGCAUAUGGUAAAUUCAAGUUAAUAUAAAUUGGUAAAUAAUUCUAAUUUUACAGUAUUAUUGGUAGAAUUUUAAGUGGUAGUUGUUUUUAUACUGAUUCUUUGACAGCAACUGAUAAAUUUAUUGGAGAUUACAAUAGUAUGAAAAUAGCAAGAGAUAGAUUCAGAACAAGAAUAUUCAAUUUGAAUGAUGAAAUUUGUAAUAUAUUUAGUAAAAUAUUGAAACACAAAUCAAAUGUAAUGAAAAUGAAUUUUUACAAUUUCAUUUCAACUAUUAUUGCUUUGAAUCUCAAUUUAGAAAAGUAAUUUAAUUAAGCAUUAUAAUAAUAAUGUUGUUCUCCUGGAAUGGUAUUUAAUUUACAUUAUAUAUUACUUAAAAUAUUUAAUCCUUGGAUUGAUGAUCAAGAAAAAAUAGAUUUAAGAAUUAAAAAUAUUUAAAAAUAAAUGAUCAUUGUAUUAAAAGAACAUCCUCUAUUUUCAACUAUCUAUUAAAAUAUAGAUUUACUUGCACCUGAUUUAACACCACUAUAAGAAUUAUCAGAACUUGAAACUAGAGUAGAUACCUUUACAACAAUGUUUUUGUUGACAUAAAGAAUAAAUCACAUUGUUGCUACAAAUAUUGAUUAAUUUUAUUAUAAUAGAAUCUUAAGCAAUUUAAGAGAUGCUGCAUAAUAGCAUGGCCAAGAGUCUCCUUAAUUUAAAAAAAUCUUAAAAUUAAAAAUGUCAUUUGAUGCAUAAAUUCUACAUCCUAAGACUAUUUAAUAUACAAUGUAAUUCUUAAAUUUUUCAAGUCAACUUACUAUGAGUUUUAUAGAUGAAAAUAACAAACCAAAAUAUCCUUAUGGAUUAUUACCAUCUAGUUUUGUUUAUGAUACUCAUUCAUUUUUUGUUGUUUACAAUUAUAAUGAUGAAAUACUUAAACAUUCUAAUUAAUUAGUAGGAUGUUGUGAAUUCGCCAUUUUUGCUAUGAAUUCUAGAUAUAUGGCUAAUCCUCAUUUAAGAAUUAAAGGAAUUGAACUUUUCCAUAUUUUUGAUUAAGGUAGAAUGAAUAGAAGAGGCAUAGUGCAACCAUAAUCAUGUGAUUUUAUUUUUAGAAAUAAUGAGAAAAUAGAAAAACAUAUGAUUGGUGGAUUACUUAAAGUAUUUAUAGAUUGUGAAAGAACAGGUGAAGGUAAUUAAUUUUAUGAGAAAUUUAAUUUCAGAUAUUAAUUUUGUAAAUUAAUUAGAUUUUUACUUGAAAAACAUAAGGAUAUUUAUAAACCAUUAUUAAAUUAAACUGUUGAAAAAGAAAAAGAAAUGUUUUUAGCAUUUGCUAAUUAUUAUUUAAAUGAUAUGAUAUUUUUAUUAGAUGAAUGUUUAUCAAGAAUGAAGAAAAUGAAAAAUUUAGAAUCAUAAUAAUAAAAUAUGGAAUAAUAAUAAGAAUACUUUAAAUUAUAAUAAGAAUUGAAAACCUUCACUACUUUCUUAUAAGAAUACUAUAAAAAUAUUUAAGUUUUUAGUGAAGUUUAACCUGAGGCAUUUUUGACUGAUGAAAUUAGAGAUAAAUUAGCUAAUAAUUUAAAUUACACCUUAGAGUAAUUAAAUGGUAAAUAAGCUAUUUAAUAUAAAAUAUAAUCCUUAGAAUCUGUUAAAUUUGAUCCUAAAUUAAUUAUGGGAAAUGUAAUAGAAUUGUAUAUCAAUUUCAGUUAAAAUGAAAAAUUUUUAAUGCAAGUUGUUAAAGAUGAUAGGUUAAAAAUUUAUAUUUAAUGUAAGGUGUUUUUCCAUAGAAUUAUUCUAAGUGACUAUAAAUUUAUUAGACAAACAUAAAAUUAUACCAUAUGAAAGAAUAUAGUAGUUUAGAGAUUUGAUCUUUAAGCUCCUAGAAUAUGAGGAGAAAUAGAAGAUAAUCAAUUAAUUACCAGAUGAUGUACCUGAAGAAUUUUUAGAUCCUCUUUGUUAUUCCUUAAUGACUGAUCCAGUUAAAUUACCUCAUUCUAAUGUAAAUAUAAAAUAUUAUUAAAUUAGGUAAUUGUUGAUAGAUUGACAAUAAAAAAAUAGUUAUUAAAUUAAUAAAUAGACCCAUUUGAUAGGACUCCAUUAACAAUAGAGAUGGUUAUAGAAUAACCUGAACUAAAAUAGAGAAUUGCAAAAUUUAUUGAAAAUUUAGAGAAAAAGAAAAAUAAAUAACAAAUUAAAAUAGUGUAAGAAGAAAAUUGA